GUGGAGUUUGCCUUCAAGCCCGCCUUCACGCAUGAACCUUGACGAUGCAGUUUAUUUACUCCAACUUUCGAAGCAACUCUAUAUGGAGGAGAUCCUCUCUUUUUCACCAGACAUCUUUACGAUAUUUAUCCAUUCACGAACAUCAUGCCAUGGAUCUACUACGUAAAUUUGGCGUAAGUGUCCCGAGAGGAAUGGUGGCUGACUCGCCAAAAAGCGCAGCGCUUGCUGCAAAAAAAUUAAAAACCAGAUCUCUUAUUAUAAAAGCUCAAGUUCUUGCCGGAGGUCGAGGAAAAGGAACUUUUGAUAACGGUCUGCAAGGCGGCGUACUUCGUAUUUCAAGUCCAGAGGAAGCAGAUUUAUUUGCUCAGCAAAUGAUCGGCCACAAAUUAAUAACCAAGCAAACAGGUGUGAGAGGGAGGCCCUGCAAUCAAGUUUAUAUUUGCGAGCAAAUCCACUGCAGAAAAGAAUACUACUUUGCUUUUACUAUGGACUCCUCUUCAAAAGGGCCCGUGAUUAUUGCAAGUUCUCAGGGAGGCGUGGACAUUGAGUCUGUAGCUGCUAAUUCUCCAGACGCCAUCAUCAAAUCGCCCAUCAAUAUAUUUAACGGACUUAACGAAAAACAAGCAAGAAAAGUUGCACAAGAUAUGGGCUUCUCGCAGGAUUCACUCGAUGAGGCGGUGAAUAAUAUUUUAAGGCUUUACAAAUUAUUCAUUGAGAAGGAUUGCACGCUGCUUGAAAUUAAUCCGAUCGCAGAAGAUCAUGAUGGAAAAGUUUAUUGCAUGGACUCCAAACUUAAUUUUGACGACAACGCCGCUUUUCGCCAGAAAGAUGUGUUCGACCUCCGCGAUUGGUCACAGGAAGACCCCCGGGAGGUUCAAGCGUCGAAAUUUAAUCUUAAUUACAUUGGCUUAACCGGCUCGAUAGGGUGUCUUGUGAAUGGCGCUGGGCUUGCAAUGGCCACGAUGGACCUCAUCAAGUACCAUGGCGGGCAGCCCGCUAAUUUUCUAGAUGUUGGCGGCGGGGCGACGGCAGAGCAGGUCACCGAGGCAUUCCGGAUUAUCAACGAGGACUCCAAUGUUUUGGCCAUUUUCGUUAAUAUAUUUGGAGGCAUAAUGCGGUGCGACGUUAUAGCAAAAGGAAUUAUCCAAGCCACCCAGAAACUGUCCGUGCGUGUGCCAGUAGUCCUUCGUUUGCAAGGCACCAACGUGUCUGAAGCCAAAGACCUCAUUAACCAAAGCGCCAUGAAGAUAUUUGCAGUAGAUGAUCUUCAAGAGGCAGCGCAGAAGGUGGUGUGUCUGUCCGAUAUCGCUCAAAAGGCGAAAGAUAUAAACGUCAAAGUUGAAUUCGAACUUCCCUUAUAAUUUAAUAAAAAGUAUUGCUAAGGCCGUGCUAUUUCCAU